AUGCUAUAUAAUAUUGAUGAAGUGCUUAACCUAAUGCAAUCAUCUGAACACAACACACUCUCACUGAUACAUUCAUCAGAUUUACAUACAUCGACAAUCAUUUCAUCUUCAACAAUGAGAGAGUGGAUACAUCAUCUUAUAGGAAGUAUGCAGUCGAUAGAUCGUAAUAUAUCAUUUCCAAACAGCGAUAUACUCAUCGAUGCUUCCACAGAAGAUGAUAGGAAUUCCAAAAGAAGACAAUAUGCAUUCGAUUCAUUACCAUGUUUACAAAAUUUCAUCGAUGAAGCAAUUGUAAGUUGUACCGCUAAAGAGAUGGAGUUGUGGCGCAAAACGAUAAAAUGCGCUCCAAGUAAUGAUACAGGAGAAUAUAAAAAUGAAGUGAUCGUACCUAGCAGUGAUCGUGAAGGUUGGUGUCGAAAUAAAAAAUAUAUUGAACGAGUUCCAACUGGCUAUAUGUGUACAGUAUGCCAAAAAGUAUACGGUCGCUACAACUCGGUAUCUUAUCAUGUCACAAUUUAUCACCGCAAUCCACCAAUACGAUGUGAUGAAGAAGGUUGCAAAUUUAGUACCCGUGAAGCUCGUUAUAUUCAUUUUCACAAAUUUUACCGUCAUCGUGUACCAUUACCUGAAAAUAUUGAUUUGGGUUCCCGUAAAUGUGCCUUAUGUAGGCAUAUAUCAAAAAGCCCAGCAAUGUUAGAGAAGCACAUAAACCGCCACUUGCAAUACUGCACAAAAAUUGGCCAAGACUAUCAAUGUCCGCAAUGCGAGAAACAAACAAGUUCACAGCAAGAAAUGCUAGAUCAUAUGGUAAUGCAUACUGAACAGGAAGAGCCAAGUUUCCAAUGUGAACAUUGCAAAUAUCGUGGACAAACAGCGCGGUCACUUCGACAACAUGUACUCUUUAAACAUACUUCCGAUAUGUUUUCCAGAAAAUUUGCAUGUAAUCAUUGUCCAUACGCUUCAAAAGAUUCUGUCAAUCUUGCCGCACACUACAAAAAAAUGCAUCCGAAGCAGCAGCAUUAA